AUGGCCGUACUUUGUAGUACGACUCACUUAUGCACUGUGUUUAGAUCUCUCUCUGGGAAGAAACUUCUUGGAGCUCUUCUCUCCUUCGGUAUAUUGGAGUCGGUAGCACAGAACGGCUAUGUUGUCCCCGCCGGCUCUCGUGAGUUCUAUGUCUACCCUGCUGUGGAUCUGCUAAAACAAUCCACCGAGGCUAUCCCUUCCCCUAUCAUUUGCCUAACUUUUGCCUUCAUAGCGUGCACUCUUUUUAUCUGGAGAAUUCCAUCCCUAUCGCUUGCCCUCUCAAGCCUUAUGGAAGGAAGUUUUGCAAAAGCGGCUGGAUUGAAUGGAGUUUCCGGCGUCAAUCGAUGGACGAAUCAUAACGAUAUUGCGAAAUUCCUCGAGGUUGCCAAGGAAGUCGGGUUGCUUGUCAUCGUAAGUGAAACCCUCAUUCUAUUCAGCGAUCCACAUCUGAGACCGUAUAGGCUCGUCCAGGACCUUAUAUCAAUGCAGAAUCAUCUGGCGGUACGUCUACCGGGAACACGUGUGUUGGCUUAUCUCAUCAUGGUUUAUCGUAGGUGGUCUACCUGCCUGGCUUGGAAAUGUUCCGGUCCUAGCAAGAACCAAUGCUACGGCAUUCAGGGAUGCCUGGCAUCCAUAGUAUGUGUGGUCACUCUUCUUCGCAUAUAUUAUGUUAAAUUACCCUACAGCAUCACGGAAUUCGCUAAAUUAUCAGCACCCUACCAAGUGAGUUCUCCUAUUGUGCUUCUCAACUCGGACUCAUUUUUCUCCAGGAUUCAGGCAGAAAAUGAGUUCGGUACGAGUGAAUACUACAACACUCCUGGCCUUGAGGAAUAUAUGCAAGACGUGAUCGAUACACUCCGUGCAGUCCCUAGAACCCAUAACGACAACUGGCCAAAGGGAGCCUAUGGUCUUCCUGGACUUGGCCAGGUAGAUUUAUAUGGUUGGGAUGGAUAUCCUGCGCUCUUCGACUGUUUCCAUCCAGAUGUGUGGCCCGAAACCGAUACCUCGCUCCAUGCAAACCACGUCAGGCUUGCACCCGCGGUCCCCUUGGCCUUGUAUGAGUGGCAAG